AUGUAUGCACAUCCACACAACCGGGGUCACCAUCAGAUAGCACACCCCUCUGCACCCCCCCUGCAAAAGUGCGACACCCUGGGGCUCGCGGAACUGGGGACGAUGUGCGACGCGAAGGCAUCCUGCUCCAUCGUGCAAGACAACGGGCUCUCCGCCGCUUUCACCAUCGCCCACGAGCUGGGACACGUGUUGAACAUGCCGCACGACGACGACUUCAAGUGCCAGCAGUACAAGGGGGACGACUGGAUCCAGAACGUGAUGUCGCGGAUGCUGGAUCACAACACGUAUCCGUGGGCCUGGUCUAACUGCUCGCAGCAUUAUCUCACAGAGUAUCUUGAUGCCGGGUACGGGGAGUGCCUGGAGGACGAGCCGGAGGUGAACCAGCUCCAAAGCGGGCUGGCGAGGCAGGCCAAGCGCUCGCCCGGGGAAGUCUUCGACGAGGACAAGCAGUGCGAGCUCGUCUUCGGCUCGGGGUCCCGCAUCUGCACUUACAUGGUAUGGGGCUGGGGUACUAUGGAUGCCGCCAUCGACAAGAAACCUAUGGACCAAUCUCGCUGA